AAGAAGUAGGCCUGUGUUAAAGAAAUAUCUCAGAGGAGAGGAAGGUGUAGCAAAAGAAAGAAAGUUAUUAAGGAGCGUGCAGCCAUUGGAGCCUUUUCCCCUCUUAACUUUGUUGUAAGGCAAGGAAGGAAUCCAUUCUUGGAGGGAAGUUUCUUGCAAAGUCUUGGGAGUCCUCAUUUCAAAACCUUCCUUUCUUUUCUCUCUCUUUUUUGGGUAUUAUAUAUUCACUUCUCAUAUCUCCUCAUAACCCAAGUAUUAAUUUCCCUUUCCCUUUGGUGUCUCUCAUUUGCCAUCUCUCCUUCAAAACUUGGUCCCCAAAACAAUUUUCUCUUUUGGGUUUUUGUUAUUUUGAUACAAAGCAAAUAUUGAAGGUUUUGCUUUCAUGUUUUAAGCUCUUUUUUUCUUGGAACCAUUUGCUUAAAAGAGAAUUUUAACAAUACAAAAAAUGGGAGUGGGAGGAACUUUGGAGUACAUUUCUGAGCUGAUGAGCAGUGGCCAUAAACACAAGAAGAAGAGGAAGCAAUUACAAACUGUGGAGCUCAAAGUCAGGAUGGACUGUGAUGGUUGUGAGCUCAAAGUCAAGAAAGCUCUCUCUUCAUUAAGUGGAGUGAAAUCAGUGGAUAUAAACAGGAAGCAACAGAAGGUGACAGUGAAUGGAUAUGUUGAGGCAAACAAGGUGUUGAAGAAGGCAAAGUCAACAGGGAAAAGGGCUGAGAUAUGGCCCUAUAUACCCUACAACCUAGUGACUCAGCCCUACGCAGCCCAAACUUAUGACAAGAAGGCACCUCCUGGCUAUGUCAGAAGGGUUGAGAACCCAACCAGUGCCACUGUUACCAGAUAUGAAGAUCCCUACAUCUCCAUGUUCAGUGAUGACAACCCAAAUGCCUGCUCUAUCAUGUAGCUCCGCCUCAACUCAUCAGCAUCAAUCUUCAAAUACUUCAAUAUUAAAAUAUAUAUCCAGAGAGAGAAGUGUCUAGAAUUUAAAUGUAAGGGGUAGAAUUUAAAUUUGGGUGUCGUGCUAGGCUAAGCCAUGGAGGUAUCUGAUUCUAUACAUUUUGAAUUUAGAGUGUUUUUCUGGAUAUGUAACGUUGUUAUGAAGAAUAGUGCUACUGUAGGUAUUUUUGUUUCCUCAUGUAAUCUAGAUUCCAGGCUUUUUUUAUUUUUUUAUUUUUCUU